CUUUCCUAAUGGCUAGUUGCGGCUAUCAUCAGCUCAGCCAGUUAAAUGUAGUUUGCACGACCAUUUACUGCUAGAUUGAAGUGGAAGACUGAAAACUCUCUAAACGCAGUCAGUUGCGCGUGUUUUUGUCGUUUUAUCAAGACAUGUAGCGAGGACACGACGGCUGAGGAGUAACAAACAUUGAGUCAGUGUUGCGUGUUGUCACUGCCACUUUCAACCAAAACAAUGUUGACAGACGACCUGUGGACACAUACCAACAUUCAGUCAUUUCAAGGAUGGAUAAAAGUGGAGUGAAGAAAUUAACAUAUAGAAGAGAUGACCAUUUAAGCAAAUUGGUCUACACUGAAAGCCCCGAGGAGGGAGGUCUGUUAAAAGUGGCUCCUCACAGUGCUGUGUCCAUCACCUCUGCCACCUCCGUUGUUCUUCCAUCCAGCCCGUUGAUGCAGCCAGGACAGGUGCCUAACGGCCAAAGCAACAGUCCCCUUCCAGAGGAGCUCACCUCCGUCACUGCCACCGUAGGCCCCUUGCUGGAAGACCCAGAGCCCAGGGCGCUGACCAAAGAUCAGAAAUUUCAGCAGCAGCUCCCAACACAGACUUCCACCACAUUUGGGCGUCAAACCUUGAGGGAAAAUUUGCCCCAGUUGGAGGCAAGUAUAGCAGACAUUACCCAGUCCUGCAUGGAUUCACUUAUUGGGGGAUCAGAUCCCAAUUUCUUCCACAUGAAAACAGAGGAUUUCUCCAUGGAUAAAGGAGACCAGGAUCCCAUUGACCUUGAUCAUGCCUUUGAUCACAUUGGGAAAGAUGUGGACGUGAACCAGAAAUUUUUCAGCGACAACACUUUGGACCUGCUCCAAGACUUCGAGCUCACUGGGUCCCCCUCAGAUUUUUAUGUAGGUGAUGAUGCCUUCCUGUCCACUUUGGCAGAUGAUUCUCUGCUUGGGGAUGUUAGCUCGGAGAGGGACAUAAAGCCUGCCUUGGUUGAGACUGUUAACGGCAGUGGGGCGAUCCCUGUUGCUCUCAAUGGCAGCAGUGUAACAAGUCAAGAGCAGUGCAGCUCUGCCGCAUCCACAACUGCCUCCUUAACACCUACAACCACUUUGUCUGCGUUGGUUAAGAAAGAAAAAGAUGCUGGGUUCAUUCAGCUCUGCACCCCAGGUGUGAUCAAGCAGGAGAAGACGUCCACAGGCCAGAGUUACUGCCAGAUGAGCAGCACGUCCUCCACAGACAUGUCCAGCCCUAACACCAUCUCCAUCUGCGGCGUCAGUACGUCAGGAGGACAGAGCUAUUGCUUUGGAGUCAACUCCAGCAGCAAUGACGCUCAGCAGCAGAAGAGUCAGAAGCCAGUGUCCAGCCAGUUUCUCCCAGUGACAACCAUUGGUGGGUCCUGGAGCAGAGUCCAGGGUGUUGGAGACAACUCUGCAGUGCUCAGGGCUGGUGAGACGUUCUCAAGCUCUCCCUCCUACCCCACCAGCUUUUCCAGACAGGAAGUGGGAACCAUUGCAUCCACGCCACAGGGAAAGAGCGCGACUCAUAAAAUCUGCCUAGUGUGCUCUGAUGAGGCUUCAGGCUGCCACUACGGCGUUCUCACCUGUGGCAGCUGCAAGGUCUUCUUCAAGAGAGCAGUGGAAGGGCAGCAUAAUUACCUGUGUGCUGGGAGGAACGACUGCAUAAUAGACAAGAUCAGGAGGAAGAACUGUCCAGCCUGCCGCUUCCGCAAGUGUCUGAUGGCAGGCAUGAACCUGGAAGCACGCAAAACCAAGAAGUUGAACCGCUUAAAAGGCGUCCAGCCGAGCAACCUGCCCGAGCUGACUCCCUCUCCGCCAAUUGAGGCUCGCUCCCUUUUGCCCAAGUGCAUGCCUCAACUCGUUCCCACGAUGCUGUCCCUGCUGAAGGCCAUCGAACCGGACACCAUCUACGCAGGCUACGACAGCACCCUGCCUGACACCUCCACCCGCCUCAUGACCACCCUCAACAGGCUGGGCGGCCGUCAGGUCAUCUCCGCUGUGAAGUGGGCCAAGGCUCUGCCAGGUUUCAGGAACCUGCAUCUGGACGACCAGAUGACUCUGCUGCAGUGCUCCUGGCUCUUUCUCAUGUCUUUCGGUCUGGGCUGGAGAUCUUACCAGCAGUGCAACGGCAACAUGCUCUGCUUCGCACCAGACCUCGUCAUCAACGAGGAGCGGAUGAAGCUGCCCUACAUGGCUGACCAGUGCGAGCAGAUGCUGAAGAUUUCCAGCGAGUUUGUCCGGCUGCAGGUUUCCCACGACGAGUACUUGUGCAUGAAGGUCCUGCUGCUGCUGAGCACAGUGCCAAAGGACGGCCUGAAGAGCCAGGCAGUAUUUGAUGAUAUUCGUAUGACAUACAUUAAGGAGCUGGGGAAAGCCAUCGUGAAGCGCGAGGAGAACUCCAGCCAGAACUGGCAGCGUUUCUAUCAGCUCACCAAACUGCUCGACUCCAUGCAUGAGCUGGUCGGCGGGCUGCUCAGCUUCUGUUUCUACACCUUUGUGAAUAAGUCCCUGAGUGUGGAAUUCCCGGAGAUGCUUGCAGAGAUCAUCAGCAACCAGUUACCAAAAUUCAAAGCUGGGAGCGUCAAACCUCUCCUCUUCCACCAGAGAUGACUGUGCCCUGUAACGGACACAUUGCCUUAAGAUCCCACCACAUCACCUCACCACUUCCCCCAUGCCCCCUACCCCACCCCUGAAGAGCGACGAUGAAAGAAACAAGGAUCCAAGGCGAGGAGCAAAUGAUGUUUCUGGGAAUGAGUAUGCAACUUUGUGUAGUAGCUCACGGGUCUGGAAAGAGAGAGACUGGAGACGUUUGUGUAGAAACCAGACAGCGAGCACAGAGGUUUGUUUUGUCGAGCAGUCAAGAUGUUGUGUAUAACAAGUAGGAAAUGUUUGUAAGAUAAAAGAUAAUCACACAGAGAUAUAGGCUAACAUCCAUGACGUCUCAGGUUUCUUACCUUCAAAUACAGAACGAUAUCUAAGGUAGAUAAAACAAAUAUCUAUGUACAGGUUCUGAUAGUAUUUUCUACAUUUUCAAAUGGUAACAGUUUAUACGUUUUUCCAGGUCAUUGUUACCUGGAAAGGUAACAAAGCUUAAUUAAUAACAUGCUCUUAAGUAGGCUUCUAGACUGUAUGUUCCUCUUUUAGUUUUUAUAGGAGGUUAUUAAAAAAUGUUUAUCAGUCAUAUGGGGAAAAAAAACUCCAGUCGUUUAAAAAGCAUAUUUCAUUGCUUUGAUUGGACAUAAGAAACAAUUCUGUUGGAUUGUUAAUUGUUGUUAAAAGGAUGAUUUCUCCCAAGAGCCGACCUCUUCCAGGUUUACACACGUCUAUUUUAAAAGGGAAAAAAUAUGUGCCUUUUUUGCUUCAAAUAUCAUCUUAGCCAUUUCUUCCUCCCUGUUCAAGGCGUGGUCUCUUUAACCCACCAUGGUCUACCUUCAUCAUAUCUUGAUUGUACUUUUUAUGUUACAUGCAGUUGAACGUUUUCCUUCUUUUUUCAAUGGCUGUGUUUAUCUUUAGACGUGGCAGCUCGGCCCAUCCUCCGCGUGUAGAAAUGAUCCUCAUAUUUGAGAAAGAAUAUUCAAAGCCUGCUUCCUUCCACACAAUGUCCCGCACACUCAACUCCUUAAGUGCGAUAUGAGCACUUUGUACCCUGCUUAUGGCUUUAAAAGACUGUGAAGAAAGACUGUUACGCUGUUCCAGUCUUUGCUAUAUGACUUUAGAUGGAAGUUAGAAAUCUUUUUCCAUAGGAAAUAGCCGAUUUUGAUGUUUAUUUUAGCCCCCACUCCUGUCCCAAUAGUCUGAUAAUGGAAUGUGUUAGAUACCUGCGUCUACCAAUCAGAGAAGAGGGGGGUAUAUUUUAUUGUUUUUGCAAAAUCAUGUGGUUUUUCAUUCAUCAGUAGAACACAUUUCUGUGGUUCUAACAUGGUUAAACUGGUUGGAAUAUAACCGUCCUUCAGUUUUAAAGUUCUUCUAACUGUUUGUUUUGUAAGACACGCAGUCAGGAUCGUUUCUCUACAGCAUGUAAGAGUACUUUGAAUAUUUUAUUACAGAAAGCCUUUGCAUUGUUGCUUUGCUAUAUUUGUUAAAGGAAUAGUUUUAUUUUGUGGGAAAUGCAUUUAUUUUCUUUCUUGCUGAGCGAUACAUGAGAACAUUGAUAGCACUCUUAUGUAUGUGUAGUAAAUAUGUAGCUGGAGCCAGCAGCUGGUUAGCUUUAGUUUAGCGUAAAGACGGGAAAUGAGGAAACAGCUUGCCUGGCUCUGUCUGAAGGGAACAAAAUCUGUCUACCAGCGCCUCUAAAGCUCAGUAAUACACAUGAUAUGUCUCAUUUAUUUAACCAGUACCAAACAAUAGAUUUCUUUGUCUUUUCAUUCUGUUAAAACCCAGUAUUUCUGCACAAUUGCAGAUACAGAUUGAGCUAAUCUUAUAUAAUAUGGCCACACUAAUGCACAAUAUUAUUAAUACUUUUUGAAAAAAUAUAUUCUAGAAGAAUUGUUUCUGACUCAUGAUCCCAAAAUUUCCAAUAACUCCAGAGUGUUAUAAAGUCAAAAUUCACAUUAUUAUUUAACAAAACAUUAUGCUUGAGUCCACAUUUGUGGGCAUUAAGCCCUCCGAAAAGAACAUUUUAACAACAAAAAUAGACUAAUAUAUGUAAUCCAAUUAAUAUCAUAAACUAUGAUGAAAGACAUUCAAAGCUUUAUUUGAAACCCUCAAUAAAGACUUUGGAUGUAAAAAAAAAUUACAUACAGUGCAGCCCCCAUAAAAACCAAAACAACAGCAACAAAAAGCACAAUUCACAGUUACUCGUCGGGGUUGUGUGCUGCACUGUUUCCUGGCUGGCUCCAGUAACUGCUGAUUGCCCGGCAACUGGUCUAGAAAUAAUCAGACGCGUAACCCCAGGAAAAACAAUGAAUCCUUGUUUUUGCAUUCUUCAGUCUUUGUAUUGAUAAAACAAUAAGAUAUAAUGUUUAUUGUUGAGCUGCAGAGGAGCUAGUAAGCAGAUUGUAGACAGUGCCAGGCUAACCGUUUCCUCCUGCCUCCACUCUUAUAGCUAAGCUAAGCUAACUGGUUCCUUGCUGUACCGUACGCACACGAGAGGUAUCAGUUUUCUCAACAAGACAGUGAGAAGGGCAUCUCUCCAAAUGUCGAACUCCUCCUUUUGAAAGAACGGUUUGUAUAAUAGACAGCUUGUGUAUACAGCUUUUUGGAUUAAGCAGAUUCAUUAUCCUGUAAACCUCCCACAGCUGCUGAUAACCUUUGACCCCUCCUGUUGAAGCCUUCUGCUCCUCUAACGCCCCGUAGGCACCGUGUCUUAAUGUCUGUGUGUCUUUAGUCCAUUCACACAUUAAUUUGUCCGUCUGUUAGUAAGUCGAGCCCCAGUUUUUGAAAGCACUUAGCAUCAGUCACCUCAUGGCGUCACAGUGAAAGUGUAGCGUCACUGGCUGCGGAGGCGGGCAAAAUGGAUCCUUUUUAAUCUCUGGGAACUAUUUCAGUGCCAAACUCCAGUUUUGUCUGUUUUCAGUGAUGCUGAAAGUUGGUCAGUGUUUGUAUCAGAAGACGGAAAUAGAUUUUAAAAAAGUUCCUGAAUUAUCUGAGCUUCUGUCCACUGGAUUGUGGUCAUAAUAACGAGUGAUAACCAAGCUGUAUUUGUAACACAAGGCACUCACAGAUGUGUUGUGUAAUCACACAGAAUAUUGUAGGUCUGUCAGUGUCCCUCGUCUUUGUGAGUAAACAUGAAAGGUGCUGCAACAUUUUCAUCAGUUGCCAGCAUUGCCAGUUUGUUGUUCUGUUUGUGUUUAAAGCACAAAGUAAUCCAGGUUUUGAUAUGAAUGUUAACCUUUAAAAGGAAUUUAUUUAAUUGAAAAGAACAAAAGCUCUUUACAAAUUAAACAUGAUGCCCUUCCACCUUGAAAUAAUUGGAUAAAUAUGUCAAGUGAGAUAUAACAUAAAGGCCUACUUUAAAUAAAAUUGAUCUGCUGUUGUUAACUAUCCCAGCAAAAAAAAAACAAGCACUUGAUAUAAAUUUUGCUCCCGUGCUCAGGUUGUUGAAAUCUAAUUCACACAGCAUGUGGUUGUCCAUGUUUAGUCAGUUAAUGUCCUGACUUUCAGAACCAAAAAACAUCAGUUUGGAUACCCAAAAUGUGUCUGCUUCUGUGAUUUAUGGUUUAUUUUUUUUUCUAUUAGCAUUAGAAAAGUUUUAGGAAUGUGCUGCCGCUGUCGUCAUUCACACCCAGGAUCAUAAAACUUGUCAUUUUUCUUUCUGAUGUUUAUUCAAAAUAGUCGAAAACCAUCUUCAUUAACUGCAUAGGGGUUACUCAUGGGUUACUUUCACAUUCAGUGUAUCCAGAUCUCUACUGCUGCUGCUGUUCAUUAUAAAAAAAAUCGCACACUUGCCUCUUCUCACUCAAAAAUGUGUUCUUGCUCACUUUUACAUUUUUGAGGAGGACAACUAAAUAUGCAAUAGAAAUGACAGAAAAUCUGUCACCAUCACAUAACAAUAUGUUGCUUUUUUUUUUAAUGUAGUCUUUUUUCCAGUAUAAGCUAUUUGCAUACAGGAGAUUCACAUUUAACAUUAUCUCUGCAGGCCAGAUCUUCAGGAAAAGAUACACCUCGUCAGUAAUCAGUCUACACAGACUGCACACACGAUAAGCCUAUUUGACUACAAGGUGACCAAAGCAAGCACAGACAAAUUCAACACGUCCGUGUAAACUACGUAGCUCCUAGAAGACAAAUGUAUAGCUCUUUGUUUUGUUUAUUAAACUUUUUUUUUUUUUUUUUUUUUUUUUUUUACUCUAACAUGACGGCUUUGGUCAUAUUGUGUAAUACUGUGAAUAGGAUAGGAGUCAGUCUAUUUCACACACAAACUGUUUGUGAAAGUAAUCAACCAGCUUGAAUCUAAAAAGAAAAAAAAAAGAUUUGCACUACCCAAAUAUUGUUUGAAAAUCUAUUUUGUAUAAAACAUAUGCAGACAUUAACUUUUCAGAAUUAUCAAGGGCAGAUCAUGUUUCACUGGUAUAUGCUUUCUCUAAAAAAAACACAUUUGCUUAAAAAAUUUGAAUAUGUACAUAUAAUCCAUUGUAAAGAAAAUGUGGUGUAUUUGUCUCCAAAUAAUAGUUUUUCUAUACCUCCGCCCUCUGUAUUAUUUUUCCUCUGUAGUGUGACUCCUGUUGAUCUUUUCCUCCAUUGAUUAAAGGUCGAACUGUAUGUCUUUGUGUGGUACUUCUCAAAACAAGGAAUAUGUAUGCCGGUAUUUGCCAUGAUAUUAACUCCAUGAUACUGAACUUUGGGAACGGUAAGCUCGUUGUAAGACACUUAAUUAUCACAGCAAGCACUUCAUCAAAUAAAUGCGCUUCUCCAUUCUGA